AUAUAAAGCAUCGUUUCUUUCUUUAUUUUGCACAUGUUAUUUCGCUACGAACUGAUAGAGUGACCACUUACAUUAUGUAUAAACGAAGAAUAUCUUUAAAUCUUAUUAAAAGUUUCUUUUGUUUCAUUUUUAUUGUUUCUACUUUUGCUGAUAAAGAAUGCGAUGAAAUAAAAUGUCCUGGACCAUUAAGAUUUUAUGCAGAUUUAAAAUGUAAACCGAUUUAUAAAAAUCCUGAAGACUGUUGCGCUGUUAAAUAUGAUUGUUCUCAUCUCAAAGGAAGAUCAAAGACUAAAUGUUAUGUAAAUGAUAAUGUUUAUGAAAUUGGUGAAUCACUUAAAGAAGAAGAUGCAUUGCCUUGUGAUAUAAAUUGUGUUUGCAGCGAUAGAUUACGAGGAAUAGCUUCAUUUGAAUGCGCCAUUGUUGAUUGUUUUCAUGAAAGACCUAAACCUGGAUGUUAUUUAGAACAUUCUGGAAAAAGAUGUUGUUCAGGUCCCGAAAUUUGUCCUACAAAUCCAGUAACCUGUCUUGUUGAUGGUAAAACGUUAAAGGAAGGUGAUUAUUUUAAACCAAAAGAUAAACCGAAUACAAGUUGCUAUUGCAAACCCGGAUAUAAAGGAGAAAAUGUUGAGCCAUUCUGUCACACUCCCAAGGGUAGUUUGUGUGGAACGGAAAUGAGACAUAGUUACGAAAUUCAUGAAAAAUGCGUUCCUGUCUAUUACUAUACACAAUCGCCUCAAACAUCGUGUAGUGUUUCUUACAGAUGUCAAAACAAGAACGAUACUUUAAUUUCUCAUCCUGAAACACGAAAUCAACCAGAUAGUGACGAAACAAACACUUGCAAAUUUGGAAAUAUUGUCAUGCAGAUCGGUGAUGAACUUAAUCAAGCAACGGAUUAUAGUUCCGUUUGUGUAAAAUGCAAAUGUGAAGUUCCACCAAUUCCUACUUGUCAACGACUUUCUGAUGAUGAAUGUGACGUGACUAUUCAUCCAAAAUUUGAAUCUUAAUUAUUGAUAAUUAUAACAAUAUUAUUAUAUCAAAUUAUAUAAAAAUUUUAGAUAAAUAGCCAAUUCUAUCGCUAUGUUUCACAACAGUGAAAUUGCUGUUUUAUAUAUAUAAAAGAACUAAUUUUAAGAAUUGAAUUUAUAGUAACUAAAAAUAAAUAUUAUUUUUCAAAUUGA